GAACAGUGAAUUAACACAAGUAAAUAAAUUAUAAAGUAGUUAUAGGUUCGGCCCUUUCUUUAAAUCUUAACUUAACUAGACGAUAUUGAAACCGGAAAGUGAACGUUUGACUGAGAUUUAGAUAAAGAUAAGCAAGCCGGAGGCGCCUUGAAUGAGAGUCCUUAGCCCGACAUGUCAGAUUUCGUGCCGCGCGACCUCCUCCCCGAUCUGUGGGAGGAGAUACUCCGGCGCCACUGGAUGUUCCUCGAAACGGAGGAGAGCAUACAGAAGCUCGAGGAGCGCAAGCAGCUAGAGGGCUGCCUGAAGGAGUUCCUCUGCGUGGUGCAGCACGAUCGCAAGUUCUUUCUGCCGGAGACAGGGCGUGUCCUGCGGCGUUCUGUGCGCGAAUUGCCCGACUUUUCGGCCCAGAACGCCAUCGUCGCAUUCGAGAAAAUCAGUCAGUAUGCCAACAACCUGUUCACGAAACCCUGGCGAAAGGAAUAUCGCACUCUCAAGACCUACUCGGGAUGCUUUCAGCACGACAUCCAAUCUCGCCUGAUGGACGCAGAGCAGCUCUUUCUGGCCAUGGGAUAUCGCAGAGUUUCCGAAGACACCUUUGUUCUGGAGGGACCCAUCUGUCCGGAUCAGGUGACGAAUGUUUCACGCGAUGCCAUGGCCGCCUACGUGGAGUGCCAGAUCAUGAAGCACAUCUAUGCAGGUGUCACGGCAGCGGGAUACAGUUGCAGUUGGAAGGAUGUACUGCAGUAUCGCGAGCGCCUAGUGGGCGGUACCACGCGAACCAUUAAGGAGAUGAUUAGCCACCUGAGUGAGAAACGGAUGCGGAAGGAGCAGCCGCCAGUGCAAGAGAAUACAUACAGCAACGUGGCGACAAUUGCGCCAGCCGGCUGUGUUCUGCAUGGCAACAACAUGGCUCACCAUCCCAGCAGCUCUGCCAGUUGCGCCCUGCAUCCGAAUGGCCUAAACAUGGCCGGCAACGAGGUGGGGAAGUAUAUGCCGCCAUAUCCAGCGCUUCCGCCGCAGCAACCGCAUCUGCCUGGUCCGUUGAUGACGCAUUCUCGCAGCUUGGAACACUACCAGGAGCCGCAUGCCCAUCUGCCGCAUCGCCACUCCUUCGACCAGCAGCUCCAGCAGCAGUGUCAGCUGCCCCAUCUCUACGAGGCGCCCUACGAUUGCCUGGAUGGCCUGAGCAUGGGCAGCAGUGCCUCCUACGCGGCCGUGGCUGGUGCCUAUAAUGCUCCGGGAAAUCGCUAUCCGCUCCCGUACAACAUCUCCAGCCAGCUGAAUGCACCAUAUGCCUCGCCAGCCGACGUCUACGGCAGUGGGGAGCACACCAAUAUGUACGCCACGCUCGGAAAGACGGGCCCACCACACAGUUGCGAUUACCACCGGCGUCAGCCGAGUAAUUCAGCAGCUGCCGCCGCACUGGCGGCCAUGCAGCAUCGGCAGAGUACCUAUCCGCCGGACCACCAUCUCAUCGACUUUGACGAACGGGCGCAACUGACCCAGCACGACUUCGGGACGCACGACUACGAUCCCCAAUAUGCCGAGCUUCGGGGUCCAGUGCAGCCCAGUCUGCGUGGAAAUCCGGCUGCAAUGUAUGCAACCUACGGCGGCUACGAUCUGCCCACAACGUUGCCGCAAACGGCGCCGCCAACGAACCAGGAUACGUACAUCUAUGCUCGUCCGGUGCCCAAGAGCAGCCGAAUGCGGAUGCUAGCCGAAGCGGGGGGCAUUAAUCCGACUGACAAGCAUCCGCGAUCAGCGGAAAAACAGAAUACGAUGGACAAUAAUCGCAAGUUGCACAAGGAAUUGAAGGAGCGGAUAAGUCGAACGGCUCCUGCGAAGAGAUCCGGAAACGAACGUGAUAUACCCACCACCAUUUCCGACAUGAACAGCUACGACUCGGCCAGUCUGGACGGUUUUGUGGCCCUGGAAAGCGCUUCGCCACCUUUGAUGCCCAAGGUGCAGGAGGGCGUCGGCAGUUUCGAGUCGUGGAACUAUGUAUUCAAGAACCUCGAGCGUUCGGGAUACACAAAGGACUUGGGCGACCGCGAAGACCUGCUCGUGCAAAGCCUGGACCUGGACUCGUUGGCCAUAACGAAUGGCGCAGCAGCUCCUCCGGCGGAAAAGAAGCGCGAGGCCGCGAAACCUACGAAUGGCGAGAAGGCACGCACGCUAGAGAAGAAAUCCGGAACGACACGACGCGAAGCUAAGGUUGUGGUGGCUCCGGCGCCAGGUCUUCUGCCCAACAGCAGCAGUGCCGGCGUUAAGAAGGUCAAAUCCGCAUUGAAAACGGCUAUUGUAGACAAUCGGGGAACAGGAUCGCGUCAUCGUUCGGGAGCUGUGCCCAAACAACAGCCGGCCGUAUCCCCGCAGCUGAUUGUGACCAGUCCGAACGAGUGGAGCUGCAGCUUCUGCACGUUUCUGAAUCCGAACACCAAGCGCAUCUGCGAGAUGUGCUCUCACAGCAAGGACUUCAAUCUUGAGGCCGCCACUGCGGCUUCCUCAUCGGCGGCUGCAGCUGCAGCGGCGGCUGCCAGCGUUUCACAUGCAUCCUCGACGUGCGUCUAAGAGGUUGUCCAUUAGGACCCGACCCUCGCCCCGUUAGUGAUACAAACAGUGUAUAGCUUGAUAUAUUUUUUAUACGACCAAUGUAAGCCUGUGCGCGUGUCUCCAAGAUCUAGUCUCGUAGUCGUCGUACGUUGGCAGGCAACCCUUUGUUAUCCUGAUGCAGUGGCAUUCAUAGGCCCAUGGAUCAGAGUGGAUCGUGCUGCAGAUGAGGGAUAUGUCUGCAGCCUGUACAUACGAAGUAUUCUAAUUAGUUACCCCUACAUGUAAACACACGCUUUAAUUAGUUUUAGAUUGUUUCCCCAUUGUUAAGGGCGCUUCUGUUUCAAAUUACGUGCCUCCCCGUAUAAGUCAUCUAUAUAUAUAUAUACAAAACAUAUAGACAUUUAUAUAUUUGUACGUGUGCAUGCGUCGCAAAAAGCGAGAAAGAGAGAGUGAAAUUUGAACUUGGAAAUUUUCUAGGAAAUCAACUGAUAAUUAUAUACCUUAUACUAAUAGUUGCAUUCAAUAAUACGUAUUUCCGACAGUAAAUCAGCAGAGUACAUAAAAGUUCUAUACCGAAACUUGCAUAGAUAAUACACCUAUAGCCGUAACAUAAGCGAUUUCAAUUCGAAGAACCGAGCUAAGCAUAACGCAGAAAACAGAAAAUAAAUCGAACAGAACUGGUACGGGUUGUAAA